AUGGGGCCAAUUCCGUCCAUUUCAGAGGAGGAGGUAAGGGUAGCUCUCCAUGAAAUGGCCACAAACAAAGCUGUGGGGCCAGAUGAGAUCCCAGUGGAAGUGUGGAAAAUGCUGAAUGACACAGGGGUGAAAUUUAUUACUGGGGUCUUCAAUGCGGUGCUCAGUGAAGGAAUCCAGAUGAAUGGAGGAGAAGCUACAUUGUUCAGCCUGAGCCCACUCCUCUUCAACCUUGUCAUGGACUACCUCACUAGAGAAAUUCAGCAUCCACCACCUUGGGACAUUCUUUAUGCGGAUGACAUUGUUCUCAUAAGAAAAACGCCAGAAGAAUUACAACAGUCUCUUGAUCUGUGGCGUAACAGCCUGGAAGCAGCUGGCCUAAGAAUUAGCAGAGAGAAGACGGUCUAUAUGCACUGCAGCUUUGGUGACAAUGAUGAUCAGGCGCAGGCACACAUACAAUUGCAAGGUACUCCACUCCCAAUAGUUACUCAAUGCAAAUAUUUAGGCUCCAUAAUCAGCCAUGAUGGAAGCAUAGAUGCUGACAUCUCAAGCCGAAUAAACACAGGUUGGAUUAAAUGGAGAGAGCUAACUGGGGUACUUUGCGACAAAAGAAUGCCUGUGCCCAUCAAGGGAAAAGUGUAUAAAGCUGCAGUGCGACCAGCAAUGCUAUAUGGAAGUGAGUGUUGGCCCCUGAAAAAACAGCAAGAAGAUAGACUCCAUUCCGCUGAAAUGAAAAUGCUGAGAUGGGCAGGGGGUGUGACUAGACUGGACCACAUUCGGAACACACAUGUUCGGGGCAGUUUCCGGGUGGCACCAGUCUAUGAGAAGAUAAUGGAAGGAAGGUUGCGCUGGUAUGGACAUGUAAAUAGACGUUCACCCAAUCACAUGACAAGGAAGGUACUUGAUAUGGAGACACAGCCGAGGGGCAGAGGCAGACCCCGUCUCACAUGGCUAGGUUUAGUUCAUAGAAAAUAUGAAGCAGUUGGACCUGACAAAUCAGACGACCCAGGAUCGUUCGAACUGGAGACUGAGAUCAAGGAGAGCCGACCCCAAAUAAUGGGAAAAAGGUUUCUAUCAGCUUGGGCAGAAUAA